AUGUAUUUCGUCCCUUGCUACAGAUUUAAUUACAAAGAACUUGGUUAUGGAUCACUUCAGUGGAACUCCACUUUUGAAGGCAUUCUGCUUUGGAAACAAAAAUCCGACUCACGCCGGAAGAAAGGUUAUGAAUUUGAUUCUGGUGAUCCACCAAUUGUACUUGUUGCCCGAUCAGGUCCUGAGGCUGAAAUUUGGUGCCAACAUAUACAGGCUGCUCAGCUGUCUCCAACAUUAGAACGGAUAGCUGUGAUUAGAGACGAAUUGAGAAAUCUGACUGGAAGUGAUCCUCUUGACACUGGGGCAGCUGCGACGCAGGAGAUGAAGCGAAUUUCUCCCGACGAUGAAAUCAUGGGAUCGACGGACGCCAAGGGCCUCGAACUCAGUUUGAGUUGCGAAAAUCUCACCUCAGAAUUUGUUGCCACAGAAGAGGGACCUAACGUGCACGUGGUCGUGUCAGUGUGUACACCUCCAGAAGCCGGUUGGAAGCGUGUUGGAACCACUGAGGUGGUUGAGGGUUUUCAUUUGGGUGUGGUGGUCACUAUGGUUGAGAAACUAUCAUCCAAUCCACUUGUUGAACUGCCUGUAUGUGACCCGAACAACGGAAAGGCGUUGCCGUGCCGCAGUGCAGCUCUCAGCUCCGGGCCAAGGCUGAUUAUCCGGUCGCGGAAACACAAACCACUGGAUGAACAUCAGGCUCCCAUGGAUUCCGGGCUGGCUGUUUUGAAUUCAGUCUGUGACAACUUGCUCUCCAAGCGUUAUUCUUUCCUGCACACGUUGGGCGAACGUAUGCACGUGGUUGAAUUUAUGGGCGAAUCGAAGCUGUGUUUUGACUUUCCAAUCGAAUAUCUGUGA